GGAAAUAAAAAGCGAGUAGGUUGUUCCUUGUCGGACUCUUUGUAAUACCCGUGGUGUCGUUUUGAAUUUGUCAGUUGUAUGAGGUAGUUUUGUGAAAUAUAACUACCUUUUCACAAUGCCUGUCGAAAGUUUAAGAUGGGAAACGUUAGAGGCGUUAAAAAAUUCUCCGAAGGGGAAAAUCACAUUCGACCCGCACUGGUUCCAACGAGACGAGCACAUUAUGACUGGCUGUAAAGAGGCUUUAAGUUUGUCCUCUCACUCUGGAGUUAUCCUGAAGCGUCUUAGCUCAUCAUCUCUACAAAAAUCCUUCUCCCUGGAUUCUGAUUCAGGGAACUCCAGCCCUGGUUUGAGUGAAGUGAUCCAAGCCUCAAUUCCCACCUCUGGGUCAGGUCCUGACGUCAACGGAAAGCUUAACCUGUUUUCUGCAGAACCAUCUUCGAGUUUUGAGCACAUGCAAGUUGGUAGCAAUGAGGUUAAAGAUAAAGAUCCAGAUGUAGUCAUCAGUGAAGAGUCAAGUUCCGUGUCUGGACCCACAAUUUCUCUGCUAUCUCCUAAAGCUGUGGAGAUGGCUGGACGCAUCAUUAAGUGUGAGGAGGAACACCGAGAAAAGGCCAAGAUGGCACUGAGGCGGCGACAGGAGAUUCAGGAGAAGAUAUUGGUGGAGUUGGUGAACUCUGAGUCAGAGCAGAUGAAGAGAUUUGAGGAGUUUAUGGAACUGAAACAGCGGCAGGAGUACCAGAGCGUACGAGACAUGAUGGACAGAGAAACUAAAGAAAGCAUUGGACGCCAGGAAAAGCUGAAAGAGGAGCAGAGACACAGAAUGAAGAUUCUAAACCUUCGAGUGAGGGAAGCGGAGCUGCAGCGUCAGCGCGAGGCAGAGCUAGAGCGACAGCGGCAAGUUGAAGGGAAGGAGAGGCUGCGUAACCUGAACAGCAUUCAGGAGGAGAUCCUGCAGCUCAACCAAUUGCUGGAUCCAUCCUCACUGUCUAACACUGAGCUGUCCAGCCUGAGCUCCUACAGCAGCAGAGGAAAUCAGCUCUGCUCCCAGGUGUCAGAUGUUGUCAGAAAAACAGCAGAGGGAGCAUUUCCCAGCUUAGAGGACAUGACUUUGGCAGAAAGAGCACUUCAUGAGAUGAGGGCUCUGAUCCGGCUCAUGCAGGAGGAAAUGGGUAUGGUUCAAGAGAAGAAAAAGAAAGCUCAGGAGGAAGAAGAGCAGCGUAGGAAACAGGAGGAGCUGCAUGCAAAGCAGGAGGCACAGAAAAAGGAGGAGCAGUUGAUCAAAGAAAAGGCACAAAGGAAAGGUAUCCAGAAUAGUGCUGAGGACACAACUUUAAAAUGGUACAAUGACUUGCAGGAAACAGCUGCUCAAUGUGCCCAGUCCUUUGACCAACUCAACUCUGCAAAGGACACCAUGACAAAGAAGCUGAAGCUGGAGCUCCAGAAAGCUGCCACCAUCCCUGUCAGUCAGAUUGCCAGUAACUCUGGCUCACAGCUGCAGGAAAUAUUUGACAAGAUGGAUCGUCUAUUGUCAGGACAGGCUGUGCUGUCAGGGGGAAAAUCUGUGUCCAUCUCCCAGCAUCCUCAGGGAAGGAACUUUGUUUAUUACAAACUGGCUGAGAAGUUUGUGAAACAAGGAGAGGAGGAGGUGGCCUCACAUCAUGAAGCAGCUUUCCCUAUUGCAGUGGUGGCCUCUGGAGUGUGGGAACGCCACCCCCAGGUGGGAGACCUCAUCCAUGCCCAUUUGCAUAAGAAGUGUCCCUAUGCUGUCCCACAUUAUCCUCCAAUGAAGGAUGGGACAUCUGUGGAGGAGUAUCAGAGGGUUCUCGGUUACCGUGUAGAUGACAAUGGGGUUGAAGGUCAGGACAGUUUCCUGAAGAGAAUGUCCGGAAUGAUCCGUCUGUAUGCUGCUGUCAUCCAGACAAGGUGGCCCUAUGGUUCCAAGCAGGAGCCUCUUCCUCAUGGUUUGAACCACGGCUGGCGUUGGUUGGCUCAGAUGUUGAAUAUGGAGCCUCUGGCCGAUAUCACGGCCACACUGCUGUACGACUUCCUGGAGGUUUGUGGUCUUGCUCUGAUGAAACAGUACCAGGGUCAGUUCUGGAAACUCCUCCUCCUUCUCAAAGAUGACUAUUUCCCUAGAAUUGAGGCAGUGACGAGUAGUGGACAGAUGGGUUCAGUCAUCAGACUCAAACAGUUUCUCGAGGCAGCACUGAGGAGUCAACAAAUCAGUCCUCCCAAAGGUCAACUGAGCUCACACUUCUGGAGGUCCUGAGAGAGGAAGAGACGGUGUUGGGUCAUUAACACCUUUUCUAGUAUCAGAAAAUAACAUGGGAAAUAACACUGAAGUCAACAUGUUGCUGAUAAGAACAUACCCUAACACAGACAAUGUCUACAGUACUGUCAAACAUUGGUUAGUUGUUUGGUGGCACAGGUUCAAUCAAGGUGACUGUGUUAUAUCCAAUCUUCAUCUAUACAAAUUAGAAUCUGGAUUGACAAGUAAUCUCUAUAACUCUUAGUUGAAUUAUGUCAAAGGUUUAUCUAGGAACUUCUUAUUGAUUCACCUUAGGAAUGAGUCUCCUGACUCCACCCCAGUGGAAUAAGUGAUGAUGCGGACAAGAAGUCAAAAGUUUUAUUAUAGAUUUUUAAAGAUGUUCCGAAAGAACUUAAGCCGAUGUGUGAUGUAGAAUAACUUUAAACCGUAUGUAAACUGCUCUUUUUUUUCUUUUUUUUUUUGAAAAUACACCAGGAUGUCUUCACUUGUUCUGCAGUUUUGCUGUUCAUGAAAUGUUGAAGGAUGAAUAAGGGUCAUUGAGUUAUCACCUCAGUCUAUAUUUGUAAUUAUUUAACUUUUCUUUUUUGUUCUUUUUAAUGUUAAAUUCAGGACAGUCCAGACAGUUGUUUCACAGCUUAAUAAUUUACAAUUUGGAGGUAGUCUGGGGUUUCAUUUGAGAUAUCUGGAAAUGUUUCUCUUCAACCCUAUUCAUAAUUUGAGGAAACUAUGUUAAGAAAAAAUUGAAUAAAGACUGAUAAAGAC